GCGGCCUUCGUGUCGGACAUGCAAAAGCAAGUAACGUGGUUUGGACGAACCGACGGCUUCAGGUGUGUUUUUCGCGGGAAAACACGCGAUGUGUGACACAGAACAGCAACCGCCACCCAAGGAAGGAGACACGAGAGAGCCUCAGUGGCCUGAGAAUGGAGAAGAAUGGAGUGAAACCGAGGAAGAAACCGGCAUGGACUGUGAGCUUCUGCAGGCCAUGGUGGAGGAGGAUGAGGAGAUAAACGUCUACAAUGAGGAGACGUUUGGCAUGGAUGUGGACACCAACGGUACUUCAGGUGAUGGCGGCGGCGGCGGCAGCAGCAGCGAUCCAUUUGGGGAGCCGUUGCCUCCAACACCUUCUCCACCACCCGAACCCAAACCUCUUCUAUCAGACGCCAACCGCUGCUCCCCUCUAAGACACCAUCUACCCAGAGCUGCUCCUUUUACCCGAAGCAGAGGCAGGGGUCUGAGGGGAGGACUAAGCAGAGGACACAUGUUUGAAGACCCCGCUGUGAUGAGGAUAGUGGAGGGUCGACCAAGUCUUAUGAGUCUUGACAGUGCCAUAGUGGACUGUGGGCAUGCCGUGUACAGGACGUUUGAGGAUGGUAGAAUGACGCGGCCUUUCAGAAAAAGUCGAGUCUCAGGAUCAAUACUUCAGGACAGUGCCAUCGUGUGUGUGAUUGGUCAUAGAGGCAGAGGUCACAGCUUGAACCCCAGCUUCCUGGAUUUAUCAUAUCCCAGAGGAGGAGAUCCUAGAGGAACUUUCUCCAGAAGGCAGAUUGGCCAGAGAGGGCCCCCUCAGAUGCCCCCGCCCAUGGUACCUGGAUCUCCCAUCUUCUCGAGUCAACCUCUGACCCCAAGACAUUUCAAUCAGCAGACGGGGAGCUUCAUGUUUCCCCCAAGUCGUCCCUGUCCCUCCACUCCUCAGUCGACGAAUCCCAAGUUGGCGCAACUUCGUUUUGGUGCUAACUCGCCACGUCCGUCUCCCUUCUACAGCCCCCAGUCGAACCCAGUGCAACCUAUCAGGUACCCUGGUCCAGUCACGCAGCUCCAUCCUCAACACAAACGACUGCUAGGCCAAAAACAUUUCGUAUUCCAAAGAAAAUCUGAAGCCUGGGACCCAUACUGUAACCUCAUGACUGCCAAAGAGAAGGAGUGGAUCACUCGGCUGCAGAUGAUCCAGCUGCAGAGUGAGAACCCUUUCCUGGAAGAUUACUAUUACCAGGAGUAUUAUCGGCGUAUAGAAGCUAAGAUGGCUGAGGAAGAGCUGGGCAUCAGGAGCAAAAAAGAGCCCCCAAAGCUCACCACCCCUUACAUCACAAAAACUGACACCUACGCACCAGUGGUUCAUAUCGAAGGCUCGUUGGGUCAGGUUGCUGUGUCCACAUGUUACUCUCCUCGCCGUGCCAUCGGUGCGGUUCAUGCAGUCCAAGCCCACUGUCCGACAGAGGAACAGAACGGCACCAGACAACAGCGAUUAGAAAUCCUCAGCAAAAUAGAAAAGUUGUUCAUAGUUUUGCUGGAGGUGGAGGAAACGGAAAGGAUGAAAACCACAGUCCUGUCUGAACCGGAGGAGAGGAGGCUGUUGGAGAAAACUCAAAGAAAAGUGGAGCACAUCUACAGCCAGCUUCAACAUCACAAUUCUCCAGAUUCAGGGGAGGAGUUUCUCUCUUUCCUGCUCAUCUCAAAAGGCAAAAGGCUUUUUGCCCGUCUGCUCCCAUUCCUGAAGCACGACUCUGCACUAAAGAUUUUACACAUUGUCAGCAGAAACCUUCCCCUGCUGAUGAGCAGAGAUGGUGAAGAGGCUCUACCGGUGCUCUACCUCCCGCUUCGAAAUGUGAUUGGUGGCCUCACGUUCAGUCAGCUCAUAGGUGUCCUCAAAGAUGUGACCACAGAGUCUCUAGAAACGCACGAGUGCCUCUCACUGGCCUGUCAAAAUAAGUUUGGACUGUCUUUUCUGUACGCUCUCCUGUCCCACGGAGAGAAGCUGCUUUCUUCAGGCGUCCCACUUGAACCCAGCAUUGGUGACUUUGAGACCUGGACCGACAUAAUAUUCCAGGUGGCAGGUCAGCUGUCCCAGUGUUCACUGGUGGAGCCGCUCCUCCUGCCCUCAAACCUGCUCACGCUCUUCUGCCGUUACUUGGACAAACGCACCGUGAAUCAGCUCAAGAGCAAUAUGGAGUCUGCAACAGGCUUCCUGGCUCUUCCAUCAUAAGCAUCAUUGUAACAGUGAUCAGAUUAAGCGAGCUAGAGUGAAAACGCAGGAAAGGAAAAAAUCCUCGGUGCUCAAAAAUCAUGGUUUAUUUCCCCCUGAUUCCCUCACACUUUUGCACUUUUAAACUGUUUCCUUUAUUAUUUCCUUCUUUUAUUUUCCUUCCUGCACUCCAUCAGAGCGAAUUACUCUUGACCUUUUUUUUUCUUUUUUUUUUUUUAAACUUUCUUUACGAAGAUGUCAACUAUCUUUUUCUUUUUUAUUUAAACUUGAAUCCUCUUGAAAUGCCAUCAGUUUCAUCAGAAUUUGUGAUGAGGUGGAGGAUUGUGUUUGUAAUUAUUGUACAGCUGAAACUUUAAUUCUAAUGAUCAUUAUUUAGUUCUCCUGACCUAUGCAAUGCAGUUUUGGGUUAUUUUGUAAAAUGACAUGCAUUGUGUUUACAUGUGGUAAUGUUAGAUGUAUUUUGUAAUUUUUCAUCUUAAAUCUUUAAUAUUUUCCUUUUCAUUUGGAAACAGCAAUCAUUUAAACUGCACACUUGUAAAGCACUUGCAAUAUGAAUAAAAAAAAAUCUGAAAAUUG